ACGGUGUGCUUACACAAUGACAGUUUCCGUCAGCUCGACUCGCUAAUCGUAACCGCAUUGAGCGAGACUUUUUUUUCGAUUUCAGUUUCAGUUUGGACAACAAUUUCUAGAUUUCAAACUAACGAUCGAUGUCGAGUUACAUUUUACACACAGAAAGAGAGAUUUUUUGAAUAAAUAGGAGUUGUACUUUGUGUACUUAAACUCUGAACUUCCAGCUCGAGGCCCAGCAGAGAGCUCGAGCGGCAGCUCCGAAAAGUUUGUUGUUGUCACGUGAUGCGAGACGAAUGUGGCGAUAAAAGUUUGUUUAGAUAGUAAAAAAACUAGGUGGCGUACUACGUUAUUAAAACCUUUUGAACUCCUUUUUUCACCAAAAUGCCUCAACCAAAGCAUCGAAAGAUUGCUGUUAUAGGGUACAGGUCUGUAGGAAAGUCGUCUCUUACAAUACAGUUUGUGGAAGGACAAUUUGUUGACUCCUAUGACCCCACCAUCGAAAACACCUUUAACAAAUUGGUCAACGUGAAUGGUCAAGACUUCAAUCUUCAGCUGGUUGAUACAGCUGGACAAGAUGAGUACUCAAUUUUUCACCAAUCCCACUCAAUGGACAUCCAUGGGUAUGUCCUUGUCUACGCAGUGACUUCCAAUAAAAGUUUUGAAGUUGUACAGGUUCUACACGACAAGCUACUUGACAUGGUUGGGAAGAUUCAGGUCCCAACUGUUCUUGUAGGGAACAAAAAAGAUCUCCACAUGGAAAGGGUUAUCAAGCCAGAGGAGGGAAAGAAACUUGCUGAUUCCUGGGGAGCUGCAUUCAUAGAGUCCUCAGCCAAGGAAAAUGAGACUGCUGUGGAGGUUUUUAAGCGGAUCAUUUUGGAGAUGGAGAAAGCUGAUGGAAAUGGACCUCCAGAGGAGAAAAAGUGUGCUGUGAUGUGAAAGUGUAUCCAGGACAUCAGUCAGCUCAUUUGCUGAAGACAAGAGGCACAACUUCACCAGCUGGCCAAUCGUGACCUCACCGACACCAAGACACUGCAGUGGAACUUUUCUGCUCCAUUGUGAUGCUUGAUUGAUUUACAUAGCAAGCCAACUGGCCCGACAGUCGAUAAAACCAUCCCACAUAUUGUAACCGCAAGGAAAAGUUUCUAAGAGCAAGAUUAAUCUUUGUUUUAGACAAAGAAUUACUGACAGAAAUGUAAUCUUAAACAUAACAUCUAUUCAAAUGCCCAGAAAACAAAAACAUAUUUCCAGACAUAUUAGUCCCAAUGAAUUGCAUCAAAUUCUUUAUUAAGUGUAUUAUGGCAAUUACUUCUAAAGAUGAUGUUUGAGACAUCAUUGGCUUAUAUCUUCUAACUCUUUGAUUAGUUGAUUUAAUGUAAAGGUAGGGCUGGUAAAUAACAUUCUUUAAGGACUGGUAUUAUUUCUUUUUUUUGACAGUGAUUGAGAGUCACAGUUCACAUUGCUUUAAAUGUGGUGUUAAAAUGUCAGUAUCUCUUACAAAUGGAGUUUCUUAAAGACCCUGGAGGAAAUUGAACAUAAGAAAUAUCACUUGUUUCACAGUUUUUCUCACUGUAAUUGUUCCACUUAUCUUCAGGUACCUUUCGCCAAUGAACUCUUGAACUUUGUCUUCAUGAUGGAGGAAUCUAUUUGUAUAUCUAAAAACUCACAUUUUAAGCUCUUCCGCUAAGCACAUUAGUCCUCUUCAGUUGUUUAUACAGUUUAAUUUCUCCUUACUGACUGUAAUAAAGAUGUCAUGGGCAACCCUCAAAUAA